AUGAGAUCUCUAGGCUUUCUUUUACUGUUUGGGUUGUUUGCAUGUCAGGCAUGGGCUGGCACUUAUCAGCAUGAUUUUAUUAUUCAGGAGACAUCAUACACUCGGCUUUGUGAAACAAAGAAGAUUCUAACGGUAAAUAGUCAAUUUCCAGGGCCAACAAUAUAUGCUGAGAAAGGGGACACUCUGAUCGUUAGGGUUUACAACAAGGGCGACUACAACAUCACCCUUCAUUGGCACGGAUUGGCCCAACCGAGAAACCCGUGGUCUGAUGGUCCGGAAUACAUAACACAAUGCCCAAUCCAGCCUGGAGCGAAGUUUACGUACCGCCUCUUAUUCAGCGAAGAAGAAGGCACUAUCUGGUGGCACGCACAUAGCGAUUGGGAUAGAGCCACCGUUCAUGGGGCUCUCAUAGUAUACCCGAAGAAAGGCACCACCUUCCCAUUCCCUAAACCUGAUAAAGAGAUUCCGAUCAUAUUGGGCGAGUGGUGGAAAGCCAACGUGAGCCAAGUCCUCGCCGUCGCCCUCCAAAACGGCAGCGACCCCCAGAUCUCCGACGCCUACACCAUUAACGGCCAGCCCGGCGACCUCUACCCCUGCUCCAAACCAUCCACAUUCAUCGCCAACGUCGAGCAGAACAAAACCUACCUCCUCCGCCUCAUCAACGCCGCCAUCAACAACGAACUCUUCUUCUCCAUCGCCAACCACUCCCUCACCGUCGUCGCCAAAGACGCCAGCUACACCAAACCCUAUUCCACCAACCUCAUCCUCAUCUCCCCCGGCCAAACCAUCGACGCCCUCCUCCACACCACCGCCUCCUUCCCCGGCCGCCACUACAUCGCCGCCAAAUCCUACUCCAGCGCCCUCGGCGUCAAGUUCGACCAAACCACCACCACCGCCAUUCUCCAAUACGUCAACUCUUCCAACCACGCCGAGCCGCUCCUCCCUCCCCUCCCCGAAUACAACGACACCGCAGCAGCAACAGCGUUCGAAACAAGCCUCCGCUCGCUCGCGAGCGCAGAGCAUCCGGUCAGCGUGCCGCAGGCGGUCGACCAGCGGAUGAUCAUAACCGUGGCGGUUAACCUGCUGACCUGCGAACCAGGAAAGACCUGCGGCGGGCCCAACGGAGACCGACUGUCCGCCAGCCUUAACAACAUAAGCUUUGUGACCCCCACCACAGAUGUACUCGAGGCCUACUAUAAAAACAUAAGCUUGGUGUACGGGACGGGCUUUCCGGCGGAUCCUCCGGCGAAGUAUAACUAUACAGGGGAGAAUCUGCCGGGGGUGUUGCUGUUUCCGAGGAGGGCGACGGAGGUGAGGGUGGUGGAGUACAACACGAGCUUGGAGAUAGUGUUUCAGGGGACGAAUUUGCUGGCGGGGGAGAACCAUCCGAUGCAUCUUCAUGGUUUCAGCUUCUACGUCGUCGGAAGGGGAUUUGGGAACUUCGACGAGGAGAAGGAUCCGUUGAGUUAUAAUUUGGUGGAUCCGCCAUAUGAGAACACCGUUGGAGUGCCGAAGAACGGCUGGGCGGCUCUGCGUUUCAGAGCUACUAAUCCAGGAGUUUGGUUCAUGCACUGCCAUUUGGAUCGCCAUGCGAGCUGGGGAAUGGAGACUGUGCUGAUAGUUAAGGAUGGCGAAGCCUCUGAAGCAAAACUGUUACCUCCACCACCGGAUAUGCCUCCAUGUUAA